UGCCGAGGAUAGCCGAGGCUGCUUUUUGUUGCACGAAGUCAACACGAUACCGGCUCAGUCGAGCCAGUGCAGUUGUGAAUACUUGGUAUCAGAUUCUUUGUGAAAGUCGUUAACUUUGACAGAGGGCGUUCAAACUUCCACCAUUUUGGAAAAGCUUGACUGUCAAACAUUUUGGGAGUGAGAUAAAAAUGGGCCCAGAAGGCGAAUGCCUUCUUUUGCAAGCACCGAGGUUCCAGCAUCUGACCCCUGAAAAUCAUCUCCUGGAGUAUCUACAAAAUCAUGACUUAAUAUCCUUCGAGAACACAGCGCGACGUUAUCUGAGUCAGAAUCCACCACUGAUAAACAUAAACUACGUAUUCGGUGAUCCUCUGCAGAAGAGCUUCCUGGACAUAGCCUGUUCGGAUGGUCUGGAUGACUUCGUGAAGCUAUUCCUAGAGUUGGGUGCCAAACCUAACGUGGUGAACAGAGCACAUCGUCGUGCACCUUUACACUUCGCCGUAGAGAAUGGACAUAAAGGAGUACUUCGUGUUCUGCUGUCUGAUCCUUGGAUCAAUCCUAAUCUCCUAGCCGACGACGAAACAGCCCUCCACAUCGCGGUCCUGUCAAAUGAUCUAGAGUCAGUCAGGAUCCUCCUAGAUCAUCGAGCAAGUCCUAACAUAAUUGACAACCGCGGAGAAACUCCUCUCCACUUGGCAGCUACCAGUAACAAUGAAGAAAUGGUCAGGACCAUUCUGGAGCGUUCAUCCUGUCCUCCGGAUCUAGAUAGCUAUCCAGAUUUUCGUGGAUUAACAACCAGGCAGGUCUUGGAAACGGAGAUGAGCAAGAUCCCACUGCCUCCGGCACACGAGAGAUUCGUUGAUGAAAAUUCACUGAGAUAUUACCUGGUGGUGAACGACGAGGAGAACUUCCUGAAGGAACUCCAAGGAUUCCAGGGUCAUCUCAGAGACCGUGGUGAACUUAUGAGGAUGGCUGCAGAACGUGGCUUUGGACGUGCUAUUAGAGAGAUAUUGAAAAUUGAUCAGGAUCCUACUGGACUUGAUUCAGCAGCUGAGGCUGCAGUCAGGAACAACUUCCACGAGGCUCUUGGCAAAAUCUUGGAUGCUGGAUAUCAGCCGGAUGGAAGCCUCUUGCUUUUGGCUAGCCAGGAACUUGGUGUCCCUGGUAGACAACGUGAGGAUCGUAUCGAGUGCUUCAGGAUGAUCAUGAAUAAGAUUCAUGACGUUCGUUGUGUAGACGAAAAAGGAAACACACCGCUCUACUAUGCAGCCAGAGCUGACUGCUCGGAAGCUGUUUUGGAUUUACUUCGUGCUGGCAGUUACAUUGGAUAUCGCAAUAACUAUGGCGUCCCUCCAUUGGAUCAUAUAUCACCAGAGAUCUUGUCGGAAUAUUUGGACGAGUGCAUAAGAAGUUCUAAGGAGCGGACUGAAGAUUACGAGAUAGAAUUUAUAUUUGAUUGUCUGGAGCCACAUUCGGAUUCUUCUGGAAGGGCACCGAGGAGUACGGAAAUGGACGCUCUUGAUUUUAUAGCUGGAAAACAUUCACUGAGACAAUUAUUGAUGCAUCCGGUUCUCUCAUCGUUCUUGUAUUUGAAGUGGCACAGGAUUCGUCAUAUUUUUUAUGCCAACUUCCUCUUCUAUGUUUUAUUUUACUUACUACUGAAUACGUAUAUACUGUGCAUGGCCGGUACCUGGAGAAAAUCUGGCAGGAACGAAGCAAAUGAAAAUUCGCGAAAUAGCAGUGACAGCGAGGAUCAAAAUACAAAGUGGAUGACCCUUGGUUUUUGGAAUGUUAUCGUUGGAGUCUCUUUACUGUUACUGACAAUUCGGGAAAUUCUUCAAUUGGUUUCGUCGCCAAGGCACUACGUCUCCAGCUUUGAAAACUGGCUUGAAGUUAUCCUCAUAGUCAUGGGAAUCUCUUUGAUCUCAAGACCCACCGUCCAGGUAGGCGCAGUCGCCAUAUUGCUCUCUGCUUGGGAGCUGAUAAUACUGAUAGGACAAUUUCCAAAAAUGUCUACAGGGAUAGAAAUGUUCAAGACCGUAUCUAUGAACUUCAUGAGGUUUCUGUUUCUCUAUGCAUUCCUGAUCCUCGCAUUCGCUUUCUCAUUCUACACGCUAUUCAAGGAUGAGCAAGAUGAGAAUUUUCCAGACCCUGGACAUUCCUUGUUUAAAACAAUAAUAAUGUUAACUGGAGAAUUCGAUGCCAGCGACAUCCCAUUCACUGCGAUUCCAAUAUUAAGUCAUCUAAUAUUUAUCCUCUUCGUCUUCCUGAUUGCCAUCGUUCUUUUUAAUCUGUUAAACGGUAUGGCUGUCAGCGACACGGGAAAUAUUUUAAGAGAGGCUGAACUCGUCGGUCUUAUAUCAAGAACAAAAUUGGUCGCGUACGUUGAAAGGAUUUCAGCUGGUCUACCAAUAUUUGAAAGGACCUGUUGCCUCUGUCCAGGACUCUUUGGACAAAAACUGAGUCCUCUUGGUUAUCUCGCAGAGAAGAUUCUAUUCUUUCCCAAAUAUCUGCCUAGCAGGAGGAUAGCUACCAAGCCAUAUAAAUGCAACGAGAUCAGAAUUCCUUUGAGGAAGGUUGUCGAUGGUGAAACCAAAAUCCUGGGACACUGUGGCAGAAAAUGCAUGGAUCCCGUGAUAGUUGAAAGGGCCAGGGAAAUUCUUGAUAAGAGGGGAAAGGUAUCGGAGGAGAAGAAAAUAGCUGCGGAAUUCGAAAGACUGCGAAACAUUUUGGAAACGAUACAAAGGAACAUUGAAAAUAAUAAUUCUCGGGCUGAUAAAGCGAACUGAGAUACAAAAUUGUGAGAAACACCAUGGAAAACAAUUUAUCCUGUGAUUAAUUAUUAAUAUUAAGUACAGCAUUUAAGAUGUAGAUUUUCACAAAUUGCAAGGUCAUUUUGAUAUUCUGUGAUUAACAAUUAUUGGGCUCUAAAGGAUGUAGAUAGUCGUACUGGUAUCUGAUCGUUCAUGAUUUUUUGCAGAUGCAUGACAUACUUUGACAAAUUUUUUUUUGAAAUAUUUACCAAUUACGUUUAGUAAGAAUAGACGAUAGGUUAGUAUUAGUCUGAUAUAUAUAUAUAUAUAUAUGUUUGUUAAAAAUACUUUUACCUAAUGAAAAGACAAUGCCUUUAGUGCCUACUAUGGAAAUAUUUACGUGUUCCUGUAACUAGCGUCUUGGUUUAAAAAAUAUUUGCAUACAUUUUGAACGCA